ACGCGUAUAGUCGCGUGUCCUGAGCCUUUGCUGAAAAUUUUGUUUUGGGUCAGACCGAACCUACCUUCCAGAAUCGUCAAUGACAUCGACAAAGAAUAUAAAAGUCGCCUGUCAAGAUGAAAGAGAAGGGUCUUUCGCGUGCACUUCAUCAGCCAUUCACCAAGUUAACCUGCUUCCAAAUCUUUCCUUAACUUCAAGAUGCAAAGUAGCAAUGUCCCGAGUCUAUUCAACUCCACUUGGUCCUUCCAGGAUCAACAUUCUCAAGAUCAUUACUCGCCCCCUACUGAAGAAUUCAGUAAUCUUUCUUUGUCGGAGAUUCGUUUGGCACGAUCUGCCCGUGGGGCCCACGCGUAUAGAUCUCUGAAAGCAUUGGACGUUACUCAGAACAUUGGUCCUCUCGAUGUAGCCCUUACACCAGGUUCCUACCCAUCGACGCCCUAUGUUCAUUUACGCGCCACUCUACCCACGUCUGCUUUUGACAACAAUUCGAUAUCAUCACCCACCCUUAUUUUUCAUCAUAUGCAUCCCCCGACGCCCCAUAUCCCCCCAUCCGCCACUCUAUCUGCCCCUUCUGCAGAUGAAUGUUCGAUGCCGUUAACCCAGCCUCCCCAGAUUGCGGGAAAUAGUCUUGGUGUUCAUCGUAUGCAUGCAGCGACAUCGGGUACCAUGCUUCCAACCUCAUUAUCGACGUUACCUUCCACCCCAGAACCGGGGCCUCAAGCGGGCAUUGCGCCCGAUUCCAUAGCCAAGGCCCAAAAGGUCCGUCGUCCACCCAAUCCUUUCAUGUUCUUUCGCUCGCACCUCUAUCGUUCGCACCUCGAAAAAUUAUCCAACAAAGACCCAAAAGCCAAGAAGGGUCAGCAGCAGGUUUUCAGUCGGGUUGCCGGAGAAGCAUGGAAUCGUACCACUCUUGAGGAGCGUCAACCCUUCAUAGAACUGGCAAAGGAGGCGCAAAAGACUCAUCGCAGAGAUCAUCCUGAUUAUAAGUAUUCACCGCAGCGCAAGAGGUCUAGGAUGAAAGGCCAUUCGAGACGCGAUCUGGAGAGUGGGGCCGACGAUACAGCGCCGAUUAGCAAAUUUGUUUUCGUGGAGAAUGUCCUCGAUUUACAAGGUAAGGCUAUCCAAGAAAAGCCCUCUCGGCGUCGUGGGAAGGGUCGUGCUCAGCGCUUCGGGGCUCCUUCUACCAGCCGGAUCCACCCUGCACUAUCACAACCUGCGAUUGCCCCAGCGUCGCCCGCCACCGGCUAUCGCACACAUGAGCUUGGGCCCAUGCAAACACCUUCUUUCGUUUACGUCCCCCAGCAGUUUUGUGGACAUUCGGAGGGUCUCGCGGAUGCUCCUCACCAGCACAUUCCUCUUCUUGAUACCGGAAUCAACAUGGCAGCGCCUUCGCUUUCGUCUAUCACUCAGCCAUCUCCCGCCGACGAUAAUACCACCCAGAUAGGACUGACUCCAGCUCCCGUCUUCCCUUUCUCGACUUUGUCACAUACUUCGCAAAAUGCAUUCGGUUUCGCUCGUGCCACCAGAACUGACAAUGCGACAUCGCUGACUGUUACUGCCCCAGCGUCGCCCAUCAGCUAUCACUCCGCUGAGCUGGGACCUGCAUCAGCGCCCUUCAUCUCUUCGUCAACCAUGCCGCAUAUGUCUCUGGAUUCGUUUGGUUAUCCCGCUGAUCUCUCGUUGCUUAUUGCACCUCGACGUCCUUCGAGCUCGCUGGGUUUCUUUCGUGACCUUGAACGCGGAAAAAUCAUUUCCCGUCCAGCUUCGACAGUCCCUGCGGUCUCUCAUCCCGCAACAGACCAUCAUUAUGUCAUGCAUCCAUACACGUCGAGCCUGAUCGACCACUACGCCAAUAGUCUAGCGGAGGACGUAUCACCCUCCCCAGUGUGACAAACCGUGGGUGAAUCUGCCCGAUGACGCAUAAGUAU